AUGUCGAGGCAGGAGAUAUUACACGCAUACAGGCACCUCUACCGCGGCCUUCUCCGGGCCGUGCAGUUCUCUGUCAAGGGUCGGUACACAGCACGCGACCAGCUCCGAGCAGCCUUCCGUGACAAGAACGCGACCUUUGAGGCCGAGAGCGUCAAGCGCACCAUUUGGUUCAUCAACUCGGCUGCCCUGGAGCGCGGCCUGGAACAUAGCAUCCUGAAGAACCUCAUUCGCACAGCCUAUGCGCGUCAAAAACCCGAGACCUGGCGAUCUGCCGUGAAAACAGCCAGGCAACCCAAGAAAAAAACUCAGCAGACAGCCGACGACGCUAUUGCGAAUGGCAUGAAGCAUUACGACAUGACUGUGGCGAUGCUGAACAAGACGAUGGGCCUGUGUCUCCGGUGA